GAAGGUGUAUCACCAAGGUGAACAGGUUGCUAAGGUCGAGGACAGUUUCCUCGAGGAGCUAUGAAAUAAGGCAGUAAAGUCUAGCCAGGACUACUAAACAGGGCAGCUAGCACAAAACCAAAAAGAAAUUUGGCAUUUUAGUCACAUCUCUGUUCUCUUUUAUAUUUAGUUUUUUUCUUUUAUUUUCUUUGCAUGACCUUUGCAUUAGUUUAGGAUCAUUUUUCUUUAAGCUUUCAUUAACUCAAUCAUCAUAACUUGCCUUGAGGACAGUGCAUAGACUAAGUGUGGGGGUGUGAAAAUGCUUCUCAGCACUUAGAUCUAUGAAACCCUUGGGUCUUGGAUAAAAAAAACUGCACUUUAAUCUGAAAAAGAAACAAAAAGGACACUGAUUUGUUUUUAAACAAGCUGCAUUUGAUUUUAUUCUAAGUGAUAAGGAAGGGUGUAGUUUGUAAGAACAUAUUAGGAGUUAUAAAUCUGAUUUUCAGACCCUAAAGCAAACACUCCUGCAUUUUAAACUUUGCUUAUACCAGGCCUGCACAGCUACAUAUUGGGUGUUUCUGAAAAAAAAAGUGCAGUUUCUGAGUACGAAAAAAGAGAGAGAUUUGCAGCUUUUGGAAAAAAAGAUUUUUUUAGAAGAAAGAAAAGAAAUUUUGGGACUCCUCAUACCUGACCACGUUUAAAGAAAAGUAUGUGCAUCUUUUUAGAGAGAAUCUUGAUCAAGAUUGCAAUCUUUUUACUUAACUUAUUUUUAGGUAAUCUAUGUUCAACAGUAUUUUGCGUAUUAAGUUCAUGUUUUGUCUCUUUAUUUUUCACAUCAUUUCUAGGUGAACUGAACUUGCAAAAGUUCUUUUAAAUCCUAUUUCUAAUUUUAAAGAUUUGCAAGAUGCAGUGACUUGUCUAGUCUUAUAAAACAACAUUACCCCUGAACCUUGACCUUUAUGUUUAAAACAUAGAGCGGUUGUUUCAAGACAACCCAUGAUGACUGAUGAGCUUCAAAAGUUGCAUUGACUAACUGUUACUUCACUAUCGGAAGAAGGCGAUUUCUCCUACAUUGACACAUAUGUGUUACCUCUUCAUCAUGCUUUCUCUUUAUUUCAUUCUUUUUUCUGAUAAUUUUUUGUAGUAAUCAUUUUUUUCAUUGUGGUCAUUGAUAAUGCUGCACUUCCUCGGCCAAGCUUGAUCUUUAUUGCUUUCUGCCUUUGCCUUCUUGUUAAACCUUAAUAUCUCAAGAUUGACAACUUGGUUCCUUUAUUCUGUAGAAUUAAUAUGCAUUAGAUCUGCUUUGGCAAACUUCUAGGUGCUGUCAAUUUUGUAUCAGAGAUGAAACUAGAGUCUUUAAUGUGUUCUUAGGCAGUGAUCUGUUUAGCCGUAUAAAUCGAAUAUGAAAGAAAACAAAGAGAAGAAAGAGAAAGAAGAAAUCAAAUUUAAUCCAUCAAGGAAGAAAAAUCAGAUCUGAAAAGAAAUAGAGGAAGAGAAAAUCUAAGCGAAAUUGGGACGACUCCAGCUUCCCUUUCUUGAAUCCGGUAGAGGACGAGACUGUAAGCUAGCGGCGGGGAUGCGGGAGGAUAGAUCAGAGGAGGCGGCGAUAGUGUAGACCAACGAGACUGGAGGCGGUGACGAGAAUGGAGGCUCGAGACGGCAACAAUGAUGGGGACUGCGCAAUCGAUAAUGAAGACCAACCAGGCUGGAGGCAGCAGCGAUGGAGUCUGGAGGAGGCAGCGGUGCAGAUGUAGGGAAAAAUAGAUCUACGAUUGAUGAAGGAGGUGAAGAAGUUGGGUUUUAUGGAAAGGGAUAAUUACUUUGAGGAGGCUUUGAAGGUGAGAAAUCUUCUUGAAGAAUUUUACCGUGACCAUGGAGUUCGCCCCCCUACUAUUCUUGGUGUUAGGGAGCAUGUGUUUACUGGAAGUGUUGCUUCUUUAGCAUCCUUCAUGUCUAAUCAGGAAUCUAGCUUUGUGACUCUUGGCCAACGUGUUCUAGCAAAUCCUUUGAAGGUUCGUAUGCAUUAUGGUCAUCCAGAUGUCUUUGAUAGACUAUUCCAUAUAACUAGGGGUGGUAUCAGCAAAGCAUCUCGCGUCAUAAAUAUUAGUGAAGAUAUUUUUUCUGAGUUUGGGAAAUAUACUAUAUUAACUGCGUGUAAAUCCUUACUUAAUGGCAAUGUUACUCACCACGAAUACCUCCAGGUUGGCAAGGGAAGAGAUGUUGGACUCAAUCAGAUUCUUUGUUUGAGGGGAAAGUUGCAGGUGGUAACGGGGAACAAGUCCUUAGUAGAGAUGUCUACAGGCUUGGUCAGCUUUUUGAUUUCUUCAGAAUGCUAUCGUUCUACUUCACAACUGUGGGAUACUACUUUUGCACCAUGGCAUUAUCUGGGGUUGGUGAAACGAUUCAAGAAAGAGCAGAUAUAUUUGAUAAUACUGCACUAAAUGCUGCUCUCAAUGCACAGUUUCUUUUUCAGAUUGGUGUAUUUAGUGCAGUGCCAAUGAUUUUGGGUUUCAUCUUGGAACAAGGAUUC